GUCAACUUAGACUGAUGACCCCUGUCUUCCAUCGAAACAAUCCAGUGAAUGCACGUUCACCGAACAUUCUGUUAUGAAUUGGCGGUGUUUAAAGAUAACAACACGUCACGAGAUUGUCAUUGGCCGGAAUUGUAAAUAAAUGUUGCAACAAAUAUAUAAGAAUGAUCACUUCCUGAUUCUGAGAUUCAGACGGGUGUUUUUUGUGAACAGUACCCGCACCGAACUUUCAAAAUGAAGUUGAUUGUUGUUUUGUUCGCCGUUAUCGGAUAUGCUUCGGCUGAUUGCGGCUGUCUCAAAAACACUGGCAGACCUUACCAAGAAAACUGUGCAUGUAAUUACUACGUUCCUCAAAAAUCAUGUUGCUCGAACAACUUGGAAGUAGCCGGCGAAGUGUCAACUGGGAAACAAUGUGGUAGCCUGAAGGUGAUCUAUAGGACGGACGGAGUCCCCUCAUCUGCUGGUUUCUACGCAGCUCUGCCCGCUCUGCCGCUUAUAGUUCAAAAACCUGCACCCGAAACUCUUGCUGUGCCACCUCUACCUCUGCCUGUAAUUCCUAUUGAUUACAACUACAAGGUCCAGCCCGCAAAACCAGCGUGUGUGAAGAACGAAGCAGCAUCCUUCUACUCAGGAAUGGUGUACCCGGUAAAGGUGCAGGCCCCAGCACAGCUGCCAGCAGAAACAUCUGCCCCAGGUGUCUUUUCAUUACCCCUGGUUGGACUAAAGGCUUGCGCUGACAGAAUUGUCGUCCCAGCACCACCAAACUACCGUCCGAAAUGGCGCCACACCGACAGAGAGACUAACUGCAGGACCACGUGCACCACGCGUCAAAUUUCUACUGACGGCUGCGGAAGUUACGACAGUUUCGGAAGCUGUGGAAACUGCGGAGGUUGCGGCAGCAGCUGCAGUUGCAGGUAUAACAUCACUAUAAGUAUCGCAAACACUACAGAAAACGUCACAACACAUCUGAUCGCACCCACUUGCGACUUGAAGGAUGACUGCCAUAGAAUAUGCAAGAGACAGUUGCCUAUCAUUGACCAUGGAUUCAAAUUCAUGAUGAACAUGCUUCCGAAAUUCAUUCAAGACCCCCUUAAACAUACUGUCAACACCAUCGCUUUAACCCAUCCUGAUAAAAGAAUACAACAAAUCCAACAAGCUGUCCCCAAGAUUGAGAAAGAAAAGAAAAAACUUGAACGGAAGAACGAGAUGUUGCAGCGAAGAUUAGAUUUAUAUAAAAAAAUUUCACCUACAAAAUCUAGAAUAAUAAAUAGUCACUUGCAGCGAAAAGAAGUGCCUGGAUUCAUAGAUAGCCUUUUGAAACCAGGUGUUAAGAAAAUGAAGAGGUAUCCAAGUAUCUCACCACGAUUUGAAGAUUCAGAAGAAUAUUAUGAAAAGAAAGAAACUAAGUCGUGGUUAAACGAAUAUACGGCAAGAGAAAUAAUUGGCAAUGACUUGGAGUGUGAUUCAUGCUCUGAAGAACAUAACAGCAGAAAAAGAAUGACACCUAGAGAAAGAUUAAUGUAUAGACUGAGAAAAAUAGAUCAACGAAGGCUCAGACGUUCUCUAGAAAACGAUGAAAAAACUAGAAACAGACGCGCAACUGUUGUCAUAGAUUCCGAAGAGUUGUCACUACCAAUCUACAAAGUCAAAGUCAAAGAGGAUAUUACAUCUAGCGAAGAAGAAGGAGAACACUACGAAGAUGAUUCGUACGAAGAAAAAGCUUACAAAAAACCUGUGAGAAUAGAAGCUAUCAAGAAAGUUAUCAGAAGUGAAUUGAAGAAGCUCAAAGUAAAAGAAGAAACUGCAGGAUCUCCAUUUCAAUAUAAUGAAAUGGUUCCUAAGUCACCAAUAGUUCAUUUGCUGACAUUGCCUGGGAAAUUUCUUGGAGGGUUUGACAAAGACCAUGAGCCUUCUAUCUUAUCUUUUCCUAGAAUGAUUGUAGGGACCAAAAGAUACUUUAGGGACUUUGGAAAGAAUCUUAGAAGAAACUUCUUGAAUUUUGCCAGCGAUGUUAUCGGUGAUUUCGAACCACCAGUUGAAGCGCAUGGAUUACACAGACAUAAAAGAAGCUUAAGCGGAAAGCUUCAACAAUAUGGGCCAGAAUACAGCUUGGCUAUUGACGAAAUAGAGGAGGAACAGUACAAUCCUCAAUAUGAGGUUGUUUUUGACAAUAAAGAACUUGAACAAUACCAACCUGAAUACGAAGUCGCAUUUAAUGAAAAUGAUGAAUUCGGAGAAAGGUCACUUUCUCAAAAUUUUCUCAAUGCCUCUGCAACUGAGCAAAAUUUUCGGAACGUCUCCGGAAACAAAGUCAGGAAAAAGAGAUACGUUCUCAGUAUGGUGAAUGAAGACGACGUAGAAAAAUAUUUAGUAAAGAAACUUGAAAAAAUAUUUGCAGGCUCUGAAGAAGAAGAAAGACCUAGAAGACGUAGACCUAGAAAGCACUAUUCAUAUUCACAGGAAGAGAUAGUUGGUGAAUGUCAACACUGCAGAAGAAACCGGAAGAAGUUGCAAGAAAAAGAUAACACUAUUAAAAAAAUUGUUGUGGAGAAAGUUAGACCUAAGGUUAUUAUAGAUAACAAGGGUCUACCCUUCAUGGAAAUCGAUGGUUAUAAGAGGCCAUUAUUUUUGAAGAAAGAGUUCAAACAUAGUGACGAAGAGACGGUCAAACUGAAGAAGACCAAAAAUGAAAUAGUUAAAAUGAAGCUAGAAUCAUCUUCAGAAGACGAAGUCAAAUAUGUGCACUAUGACUCAUCAGAAGAAGUAACUUGUGAUAAGAUUCACCAUAUCUUGACAUAUGCCCAAGGUUCAAAAUCGGAUACAGAAGUUCCUUUGCAAACCAUACGAGAACGAGCUUCUCAAAUUUUGUAUGAAACUGAUGUUUUGAUUCACAUGGAUUUUGGAAAGUAUGCUGAAGUUUUUGAUCAACUCAUUGAGCUGCAAUACGUGAAAAGAUCGAUAGUGCAAGAUUGGAAAAGACUGAUUAUGAGCAAAAAGUGUAACUGUAAAGAAAGUAAACUGUCUUUACUACAGAAGUUUAAAGAUUUGCAUCACCUUAAAGACUCUCUUGUGAAGUUGAUAGUUUGUCAUAUGAACGAAGAUGUAGAAAAUACCUUUAUAAUAAGGAAGUUUACUAGAAUUUUGAUUAUUCUUCAGAAACUACAAUGUAUCAUGAAUCAAGUAGUAGAGUGUUUCGAGAAUAAAUUUGCUAGGGAUUUGCACUUUGAGAUCGAAAAGGAUAUCAAGUUUGUGGAUAUCCUGGAUGGCCUUAAAUUUUGUCCAGUAAAAACCAGACAUGAAAUCAUCACUAGAAUGGAGGAAGAAAGGAAUCAAGAGUUAGCAGCCAAAAUGACGUUAUUGGACAAACUGAAGAAAGUUUUGAUCAACGAUUGUGACGACAGUGUGAUUAUAGAACAAGCACAUUUGGUAUGGGAAAUGAGAAAUUUAGAAAAAAUGCAGGUGACUUGUAUUGAAGAAAUGCAUGAGAAGCUUCAAGAAGGGUAUAAGAUCAAAAAGAAUUUGAAGAUAUUGUUUGAUAUAUCAAAAAGGUUGCAAACCUGUCAUGACAAGCAAUGUAGCUUUUUUGAGUCUGAAGAAGAAGUUAUAGAGGAAGAAGAAGAUGAAGAGAUAGUUGUAGGAGAUAAAGAAAAAGUGUCUGAGCCUAAACUGACAGUGAGAAAAUGGUCGCUUGAAGAAAUAAAGCUAAAGAUCGAAGAGAAAGUGAAGCAGCAUAAAGAAUUGCUUGAAAAGCGAUUGGAGAAAUAUAGAAAAGGGAAAUGUUCAAAAUGUUCUGACGAGAAGACAUGAUCGAUUUUGAGAAUUCUUUGGAGUCUGAUUUCGAAAAAAAAAAAAAGAUUGCGAUCUUGGGAUAGAAAAGAAACGAGCUCUCACAUCGUGAAUAUCUGGGGGAUAGACAGAUGAAGAAACUGCAAGAAAAAAUAACAAAAAAGAAAAUUUUAAAAUGAAACAGAACAAUUAUGUAUUGUGUCUUGAUUGAGUGAUAUUUUAACACAUUGUACACUUCUUAGGCAAAACAGAAAAGACAAUUGUUUUUAUAAGCAGUACGAUUUGUAUCUGAGAAACAGUAUAAAUAUAUUAUUGCAGAUUAUUCAACGUGAUUUUGGAUUCAAUUGUCUUUUCUAGUUUUUCCAAAAAUAUAGAAUGUGUGAUUGUAGCGAAUAUUUCUGUUUUUAGGUAUUAAAGGAGAAAGCACACAUCUAUCGGAAAUACUAGGAAAGACAACUUGAAUUUUAUGUAAGAACAAUGUAUUGUGUCAUGUGUGUUUUGGUGUUGCAGUAAUAAAAAUGGAAUGAAA